AUGUAUUUCAGCACUCGUAAAUCAGGCGCAACGUCUUACAAUUUGAGCAUCUGUGAGGAUGCCAACGAAGCACAUUCAACAAGUGAGCCACCCGAUAGUUCCGAUCUGGUCCCCUACACUUAUGAAAGAAACGAAAGCAUAAAUUUUCCUAAUAGUCUCAGUUCCUCGGGAAAUGAAAGUAGGAUGCGGCAAUUAAUUAAGGAAUUAAGCUCAAGUACCACUGAACUGACUAAGAAAACUGGUUUCAUUAAGAAAGAGGAAAAAGAAAUUGCUAACAGGUUACGUAGUAUCAUUGAAGAAGUUGAAUCAAUAGCCUCCGUUUCAGGUAAAGACGACAAUACUGUAUUACCAAUGAAGUCUGUUGGUGUUUCCAAUGAUAGCAGUCCAGAUCACACUUAUAAUGGCGAUCUAGAUCUAACAAGUGGAAUAGAAUCUAUAAUCGCCGCUGCAAUAAAGGAUAGGGACGAGAUCAGUGACACAAUUUCAUUGAAUGCAAACACAUCGAAUGUAACGGACUCUGUGUUUGAUUCGAUCGAUAAACAUGACUUUGAUUUACCUAAUAAAUUGUACAACUUCAUCGCAGAAGCUACGGAAGAAAUGGAUAAUGAAGGAAUGUGUUUCAUCACAAGUUAUGAGAGAGAGAGCCAGCACAGCGAGUUGUCUAAUUUGGUAGCAGAGGCCAUUGAGAAACUAGAACUAGAAGUAGCUAGAACCGGCAAUGCUCUCAAUAAAAACCGAUUCGACGAAACUGACAAUUACUCUAGUAUAGUUGCUUUAGACAUGGGGUCUACGAGUGUAUAUCUCUCUUCCAGUGACGUCACUCGUCGCGAUAACGCAGAAAAAGAUUCUGAUGGGAGAAAAAAGUUCGUUUGCCACCAUUGUUAUUCUAAGUGGAGUAAUUACUACAUGGUUAAGUCACACAUAGUAUGGAACCACAUUCCAGAGAUAGAAAAGAAACCAGUGUACAGAAUAGGACCAAAUCAGACAAAUGCAAACACGCUUAACCGGAUCUUCGACAAAUUUUACAAAUUGAAGAGUAAAAAACAGCGCUUCACUCCAUUCAAAUUUCGUAUAAUGUUUAAAAAACGAAAAAUAAAAUAUUACAAGUGUAGACAAUGUGAAUUCAAAACACCUAAGGAAUAUGAUAUGAGAAAACAUAAAUCUGAAGCACAUAAUAAAUUAAAGCACCAAUGUUUUUACUGUAAUUACUGCAGCACAGUUCAGUCCUGCCUACUGAGACACGUCAUGGCUAGGCAUACCAAAGAAAAACCCUUUAAGUGCACUUCGUGUGACUAUAGUGCUACACAGCACGUAACAUUACAAGAACACAUAAUGGCAAAGCAUACCUACGAAAAACCACAUCAGUGCCCAUACUGUGACUAUGCCAGCGUUCAGAGAAGCAUUUUAAAGGAUCACAUAAAAGCUAAACACACUCAUGAAAAAAAUCGUCAAUGUUCUAAAUGCAGCUUUGCAUCAGUUUCAUAUUCAACAUUAAAACGGCAUAUAAUGGCGAAGCAUACGAAUGAGAAACCAUACAAGUGUGAACACUGCAAUUAUUCCGCCACGCAGUCAGGUCAACUGAGGAAGCAUGUCAUGGCAAUCCACACAAAUGAAAAGCCUUUCCACUGCUCACUUUGUCCUUUUAAAGCGACACAAUCGCAUUCACUAAAAAUACAUGAAAGGAGAAAGCAUUCCAGGGACGGUUUGUUAGUGUAGAUUCUAUAGUCUCAGUAGAAUAUCGAAAAUAAAUAACUCUUAAUUGUUUCAAUUAAGGAAACUGCG